AUGUCUUUUUGUAAAUUUCCUUUCACGGCUGACAAGACUGUGAAGAACAGGGCACUGAUAGUGUCUGUGGAGAACUUCUAUUCAGAUGCAGAUCUGAAGAAGAGGAACGGGGUGAAGAGAGACACUAGAAGACUUCACAAAAUCCUCAGCAAGCUCGGCUUCUCUGUGGACAUCAGAAUGGACUUUGAAGCACAUGAGAUUUAUGAAGCAUUUAAAGCAGAGAGUGAGAAGACGGUCAAAGACUGUUUUGUGGGCAUCAUAUCCAGUCACGGUGAGGAGGGAGUUGUGUUUGGUGCUGAUGGACGUGCUGUGAAACUAGCAGAGAUCUACAGCUACUUUGGAGUCCCGUCAAUGGCAGACAAGAGCAAACUCUUCCUCAUUCAGGCUUGUCGAGGGCAUGGUUUGGAUGGAGGUGUGGAGGUGGAGGCAGAUUCUUCAUUCUCAGAGGAAGAGGACGGCAUGUUUGAGCUCUUUUCCAUCCCUAUUGACACAGCAGUCAUGUACGCCACAUCUCCAGGGUACGGUGCAUUCAUGCAUCCUCUAGGCUCGCCGUUGAUUCAAACUCUCUGUGAUUUGCUAGAAAAGAAAGGAGGUCCAGAUCUGGAGAUCACGAGACUUCUGACACAACUGAAUUAUCAGGUGGCCUACAACUUUGAAUCCAGAGGGAAACUGCUGGGAGGCAAAAAGCAGAUGCCAUGUUUUGUGACCCGCUUCACCAGAGAGGUUUUCCCAUUCAUGGACAGUCAGAUGGCAGAAGCAGAAGAUUUGAGCUUGACCUUUGCAGCAACGCAGCUUAUCAAUGAACCCAGAAGGUCACGGAAGAACUCCAUCAGCUGAAGAUCACAGAACAGAGACUGACGGCAAAGAACAUGUAGACAAACUGAUUCAUGUUAGAUAUCGUAUCAUCUCAUUUGAUAAGAUAACAUAUAAUCACAUAAAGUUGCAUUGGUAAUAGGAAGUAAGAUGCUGGUGAACGUGCAGGAUGUGACUUGUUUUAUAAUGCUGUGUCUGCUACUACCUCUAUUAUAUUUUCCUAAAG